CACACACACACACACACACACACACUCACAUAGAGCAAUAAGGGAAAGAAAAGUAUUGGGACUUAUCCUGCUGCUGCAAACCAAGAGAUAGCAGACGAAGAGGGGGGUUGGCUUCUACCCCAAGGUAAAGCCCAGCCCCCUUUACCUCCUCGCCACCUCCUCCAAGAAAGAGGAGAGAGAGAGAAGGGGGCAAAGUGGAGAAAAGCAGGUCUUCAGCAGCUGGCAUUUGGAGUACAGGGAGCCAGGAAGUGAAGGAUGGUUGUGGUUACCCGAGCUGGCUGCAGGGCAGCUCUCUUCCUCUGGAUUUUCAGCAGCAUUAGCUGCAGAGCCAGGACUGCUCUCCCUGCAUCUCAAAAAUGCGAUGAACCUCUGGUCUCGGCACUCCCCCACUCUUCCUUCGGCAGUUCGUCGUCUAUGACAAGCAGCUACGUGCCAGGAUACGCUAAGCUCAACAAAAGAGGAGGUGCAGGAGGUUGGUCUCCAUCCGACAGCGACCACUACCAAUGGCUCCAGGUGGAUUUUGGGAGCAGGAAGCAGCUCAGUGCCAUCGCAACGCAAGGCAGAUACAGCAGUUCUGACUGGGUCACCCAGUAUCGGAUGCUGUACAGCGAUACCGGGAGGAACUGGAAGCCGUACCACCAGGAUGGAAAUAUCUGGGCAUUUCCUGGAAACACAAAUUCAGAUAGUGUGGUCCGACAUGAUUUACAACACCCAGUUAUCGCUCGCUAUGUACGUAUAGUUCCUUUGGACUGGAACGGAGAGGGCCAAAUCGGGCUGAGAAUUGAGGUCUAUGGCUGCUCUUACUGGGCUGAUGUUAUCAAUUUUGAUGGCCACGUAGUGUUACCUUACAGAUUCAGGAACAAGAAAAUGAAAACACUGAAAGAUGUCAUCUCUCUGAAAUUUAAAACCUCUGAAAGUGAAGGUGUAAUUUUCCACGGAGAAGGACAACAAGGAGACUAUAUCACCUUGGAACUUAAAAAAGCCAAACUGGCUCUUAAUUUAAAUCUAGGUAGCAACCAGCUGGGCUCUAUUUAUGGCCAUACAUCCGUGAUGACAGGCAGCCUCUUAGACGAUCACCACUGGCACUCAAUCAUCAUAGAGCGCCAUGGGAGAAAUAUCAAUCUCACCUUGGACAGGCACAUGCAGCACUUCAGAACCAAUGGAGAAUUUGAUUACCUGGACCUUGAUUAUGAGAUAACCUUUGGAGGCAUGCCUUUUUCUGGGAAGCCGAGUUCUAACAGUAGGAAAAAUUUCAAAGGCUGUAUGGAGAGCAUCAACUACAAUGGUAAUAAUAUCACUGACCUUGCCAAGAGGAAGAAAUUGGAACCUUCUAAUCUGGGAAAUUUAAGUUUUUCUUGUGUGGAGCCACAUACAGUACCUGUCUUUUUCAAUGCCACCAGUUACCUUGAGGUUCCUGGUCGUCCAAGCCAGGAUCUGUUUUCAGUCAGUUUCCUAUUCCGAACCUGGAACCCCAACGGACUUCUUGUCUUCAGCAACUUUGCAGAUGGGCUGGGGAAUGUCGAGAUUGACAUAACUGAGGGCAAAGUCGGCGUCCAUAUCAACGUCACCCAAGUCAAGAAGAACAGAAUAGACAUCUCAUCAGGCUCUGGUCUCAAUGAUGGGCAGUGGCAUGAAGUUCGAUUCCUAGCUAAGGAAAAUUUUGCUGUCCUCACCAUUGAUGGAGAUGAAGCUUCAGCCGUUCGAACAAACAGCCCUCUGCAAGUUAAGACAGGAGAGAAAUAUUUCUUUGGAGGGUUUCCUGUGCAGAUGAAUGAGUCCGAUCACUCGCUAUUUCAGCAUUCGUUUCAAGGAUGUAUGCAGUUUAUUCACGUGGACGAUCAGCUGGUGGACUUACAAGCAGUGGAGCAAGGCAAGCUGGGAAGCUUUGCCAAUGUCACCAUUGACAUGUGUGCUAUUAUUGACAGGUGCGUGCCCAAUCACUGUGAACACGGUGGCAAAUGCACCCAGACGUGGGACAGCUUCAAGUGCACUUGUGAUGGAACUGGAUACAGUGGCGCCACUUGUCAUAACUCUAUCUAUGAACUCUCGUGUGAAGCAUACAAACACUUGGGCAAAACUUCAAAUAACUACUGGAUAGAUCCAGAUGGCAGUGGGGCACUGGGACCUUUGAAAGUUUACUGCAACAUGACAGAGGAUAAAGUAUGGACAACUGUGUACCAUGACCUGCAAAUGCAGACUUCUGUGGGAGGCAACAGCCUGGAGAAAUUAUCUGUACUGCAGCUCAAUUACAGUGCCACUAUGGACCAGAUUUCUGCCAUCACCAGUAGUGCUGAGUACUGCGAGCAGUUUAUCUCCUAUUCUUGCAAGAUGUCCCGGCUGCUGAACACACCAGAGGGGAAUCCGUACACCUGGUGGGUUGGAAAAGCCAAUGAGAAGCACUACUAUUGGGGCGGAUCGGGGCCUGGCAUUCAAAAAUGUGCCUGCGGCAUUGAACGCAACUGCACUGAUCCCAAGUACUACUGCAACUGUGAUGCUGAUUACAAACAAUGGAGAAAAGACGCUGGGAUGCUGUCAUACAAAGAGCACCUACCAGUGAGUCAAAUAGUGGUGGGAGACAUUGACCGACCUGGCUCCGAGGCCAAGAUAUCUCUGGGUCCUGUUCGUUGUCAAGGAGAUCGGAACUACUGGAAUGCUGCUUCUUUCAUUACUUCCUCCUCCUACCUGCACUUCUCCACGUUCCAAGGGGAAACUAGCGCCGACAUCUCUUUCUAUUUCAAAACUUCGGCCUCCGACGGAGUGUUUCUUGAGAACCUGGGGAACACGGACUUCAUCAAACUGGAGCUGAAAU